GGUGUGACAGAAACAGGAAGAAGAAAAGAAAAACUUCAUGUUGUUUUUGGGUUUAUCAUCAAAUUUCCUAUAAGUGGAUAAGGUGGUGAGUGGAUAAUAUCAAAGAAUUUUGUUAAUCAACAUUACAGUUAAUGAGAGUUGCAUGAUUCUGAGUUAUACUUCAAGUUGAUAAUGGGUGUAAGAACACUAGUACAAUUGGUGCUUUACUUCAAUUACUUGUUGUUUGCAGCAGCACAAGAAGUUACCAAUGAUUUUAUAGUCCUAAAGUCUCUGAGGGAUUCAUGGCCGAACACAAUUCCUCGUUGGGUGGGUUCAGAUUCUUGCAAUGGUUGGGAUGGCAUUAAGUGCAAAAACUCACGUGUAAUUUCCAUAUCAUUACCAGACACUGGUUUGACUGGCCUGCUUUCUGGAGAUAUUGGAUCACUCUCUGAAUUGAAGAUUCUGGAUCUUUCAUACAAUAGAGGCCUAACAGGAUCACUUCCACGAGAAAUUGGAAACUUGAAGAAGCUAUCAAAAUUAAUUCUUGUUGGUUGUGGUUUUACUGGUCGUAUUCCAUAUGAAAUAGGAUUUCUCCAAGAGCUUGUUUUCUUAUCUUUAAACUCCAACAAUUUUGUUGGACCAAUUCCACCUUCUAUUGGGUAUCUGUCAAACCUUACUUGGCUAGAUUUAGCUGACAAUCAGCUUGAUGGAUCCAUCCCAGUAUCUAGUGGCACUAGCCCAGGUCUUGAUAUGUUACUUAAUACACAGCAUUUUCAUCUUGGGAAGAAUAAGUUUUCAGGAGAAAUUCCUCCUCAACUUUUUAGCUCGAAAAUGACACUGAUACAUGUGAUUUUUGAGAGCAAUCAACUAGUUGGUGGUAUUCCAGAAACACUUGGACUUGUUAAGAGUCUGAUGGUGGUGCGCUUUGAAAAUAAUUCAUUGGAUGGAUAUGUACCUCAGAACUUCAACAACCUUACACUUGUUACCGACCUGUUGUUGUCCAACAAUAAGCUGCGUGGUCCCCUGCCAAACCUUAAUGGCAUGAACUCCCUAAAAUACUUGGAUUUGAGCAACAAUAGCUUUGAUGAGUCAGAAUUUCCACCGUGGCUUUCAAAUGUGAAGAAUUUAACAACACUACAAAUGGAGAAUGUGAACCUUUUUGGGAAAAUUCCUGUUCCUUUAUUCAGCCUUGCCUAUUUACAAAAUGUUGUGCUAAGAAACAACAACUUCAAUGGAACCUUGGAUAUUGGAACCAACUACAGCAAACAGUUGAAACUAAUUGAUAUGAAGUCAAACUCAAUUCAAGACUUUAUACAACGAAAUGAACUCCCGAAUAUCACGAUAAUACUUGUGUCCAACCCGAUUUGUACUGAAACAGAAGCUGAAGGGAGUUACUGCACCAUGCACAAUAUCUUAGAUAAAAAACUACAAGAUCAGAUUCUCAGUCCCAAGUGCAUAUGUGGAUAUCCAUAUACAGGAAAUUUAAAUUUUAGAGCACCUUCAUAUUUUGAAUGGAGAAAUAAAACACCCCAAGAGGAAGCCAUUUUGCUUGCUUUUCAACUUUAUCACCUACCUGUGGAUUCAGUUUCUUUGAUUUCGACUAAAGAUCCAUUUCAUUAUUUUGAGUUUACAAUAUAUAUUUUCCCAUCAGGCCAAUAUCACUUCACCCCGCAAGACAUUUCUAGUAUAAGCUCUUUGCUUGGCAACCUAAGUGCUAAUAAUCCAUAUAAUUUUGUUGCUGGAAACCAAGGUCAAGGACCUAAAGAGUCGAGUUACUCAUCAAACACUGAUAUAAUUAUUGGAGCAGCAAUUGGUGGUUCUUUUAUCCUGCUUGUAUUGUUAGUCCUUGCAAGUGUUUAUGCUUUUCGCCAGAAGAAAAGGGCAGAAAGAGCAAUUUCUAGAAGCAAUCCAUUUGGACGCUGGGAUCCAAAUAAAAGCAACUGUGACAUUCCUCAGUUAAAAGCAGCUAAGCAGUUCUCUUUUAAAGAAAUUAAGAAAUACACAAACAACUUUUCACAAGCCAAUGGUAUUGGAUCAGGGGGUUAUGGAAAGGUUUAUCAGGGAACUCUUCCCAAUGGGCAACUGAUAGCCAUAAAACGAGCUCAAAAGGAAUCAAAGCAGGGAGUGCUAGAAUUCAAAGCUGAGAUUGAACUACUUUCAAGGGUUCACCACAAGAAUCUUGUUAGCCUUGUGGGAUUCUGCUUUGAACGAGAAGAACAAAUGCUGGUUUAUGAGUUUGUUCCAAAUGGAACUUUGAAGGAUGCUAUCUCAGGGAAAUCUGGCAUUGUAUUGAUCUGGAGUAGAAGGCUGAAGGUAGCCCUUGGUACUGCCCGGGGUUUGGCUUAUCUUCAUGAACAUGCUGAUCCACCUAUUAUACACAGGGACAUCAAAUCCAACAACAUUUUGCUGGAUGAGAACUAUAAUGCAAAAGUUGCUGAUUUUGGCCUCUCCAAGUCAAUCUUAGAUGAUGAAAAAGAUCAUGUUACCACUCAAGUUAAAGGAACAAUGGGCUACUUGGAUCCAGAUUAUUAUACUAGUCAGAAGUUGACUGAAAAGAGUGAUGUCUAUAGUUUUGGAGUGCUAAUGCUGGAGCUGAUAACUGCAAGAAAGCCAAUAGAACGAGGGAAAUACAUUGUAAAAGUGGUCAGGAAUUCAAUUGAUAAGACAAAAGACUGGUAUGGUCUUCACGAAAUUAUUGAUCCAGCCAUCUGGUCAGGAUCAACAGUAAAGGGUUUUGAGAAGUUUGUGGACCUUGCAAUGGAGUGUGUUAAAGAGUCAGGAACUGACAGGCCCACAAUGAGUGAUGUGGUUAAAGAAAUUGAAGGCAUGUUGCAAUCUGUUGGCUUGAACCUAACAUCUGAAUCAAUAGCAUCCACUUCAUCUAGUUAUAGAUAUUAUGAGAUAAGUAUGAGUUCUCAUCAGGACAAUCCUUACAGCAAUGAGUCCUUUGGUUCAAGUGAAGAACAUUUGCAUCCAAAAAAUGAGCCUACUUAAUAAGCUAGUCUUUUUCUGAAGUUAAAGUCAAGAGAAGCUUAUUCAUAAGUAUUUCUUGGCCGAAUCACAGAAAAGUGGAAAUUUCGGGUCUUAAGAGGAAAAAUAGUUGUUAACUCGAGUAUAACAUGGUCCACAUUUCCUUGACUGUUAUUUAUUUUCCUUCUUUCUCUGCCUGUAAAGUUGUGAAUGUUUAAUGAAUAUAGGUUUUGAUAUGGAACAUAUAGAACAUAAACGGUUAUGUUUCUUAUGACAUGAUUUCUCACUUUAUGAAUGAGUUCAAUGAUAU